AUGGAGUUUGUGGAUGCCAUCAAAGAAUUGAAAGCUCUCCUUGAGGGCACUCACCUCCUCUGUCCGCGGCAACAUGACGAUGAUUACGGACGAUACGAUGACUUAACUCAAGUGGACGAAAAGGGAGUCAGUGUCAAGGACCAAGUCGCUGAAGCUACAACACGAAAGGAAAAGUUUCUCUCGUGCAUGCGUAUCCUUGCUUACAGUGCAGAUGGGGUGGAGGAGCUGCAGUCUUGGGUUCUAUCCAAGCUGGACGAGACGCUAGAAAAGUGCGACCUCUGCAUCAAGCAGUAUUACACCGGCAAGAUCUGGCUCAUGGACCUGCUAAAGAGAGAGAAUUAUCAGGACGAGGAUAUUGAGGCAUUUGCUGCAAAGGUGGAUGAGUGGGAUGUCAAGCGCAUCACUCGAAACCUGACGAUUGCGAAGACACAACUGAGAAGCGUCCCACGCGAGAAAAUUGCGUUAGAUGUACUGGACCGCGCUGCCUUACUAUCUAUAUUCGAGACAUUGAGCUGCGAGGCUAUGCUGCGUGAUGACGGCAACCUAAAGCAGUACUUUGAUGAGCCAUUUCAGCUCAUUCAAUCAAAACGAAGCCUGAAGAUCUCGGAUUACGUCCCUGCUGUUACCCGCUUCUUGUUUGACCCAGUACAACAACGCAACAUCUGGGCCCUUCAAACAUGGAUGCGCUAUGCUCGUCCACCUACCACACUGGAAUUUGAGUGGGCUAUUCGAGAUGGCCUUCUAAGUGCGUUACAGGCUGCAUCUCAGCCGCCAACGCAACCGCAUAUGCAGCAGUCAAUGCAGACACACUUCGCCAUCAUCCAGCGUUUGUGGCGGGGCAUGCAACUCAUCGUACGGAGGCUUAACAAGGAACAAAUCACUCAUCAGCUUCGUGGUUUGCAAAUUGACCCCUGUCGCCUUUCAGUCGAUCACUUGGCCUUGCCCACCCCUGGGCUGCGCUUCCUCUUAAAUACCAUUCAGACAUUACUGGAGAAAGCCCCAGUUGAUUUCUGGGAUGCUAUGCAGACUAUUUCACCCCAGGCCAUCAUGGAACACACCAUCCACAAUCCCCAGUUCCAGGCUUUUCUCAUGCAGACCACUGAAGGCGAGGCCUAUGAAAAAUCUGCAUUGAAAGACAUGCUUUCAUGGAUCAACCCAUUCCUAAAUUCUCUUAAAGGAGUUCAUCAGCCCUCUGCAUGUCGGUAUUUGGUUGGUCAGUUGUUGAAACGCCUUCAAGACCCUCAAUAUCCCAACCUGGCUCGCUAUCGUUGUUUCCAUGUUGGCUUGACUAGCCUCCUCCAAACCCUUCGCCGUUUCACAGACCAUGAAGCCUCAAGAGGCUCUGUCGAACGAGUCGUUCUUCAAGAGACCAUGGAGGUAUUGAAAGACACCAUCACCGUCAUCCUCGAACCACCGACCUUUGAUAUUGAGCAAGGGAAGCAGCAAGAGAUCCUUUCCCUGUGUAUGGAUGUCAUUCGCAAUGCUCUUGCUCUGGAAUGUCAAUCUCUGAAGAGUGACUAUGAAGUGAUUUUGAAGCAGGGCACCCUCUCUCAUGGUGUGUCCACUUAUACGGCCCUAAUCUGGGACGCAGUCAUCAGACACCUUCGUCAGGAUAGGCUUGACUUGUCAACGGCAUCCUUGUUGGGGAUCCUACCGCUCGUUGGCCUGGAGAAAUUCCCAACCAAAGGUGGGGACAAUUCUGAAAAGACUCAUUUCAACAUGAUCUAUGGCCACCUUACCCACCUCUCAUGCCAGAUCAUCGAAAGACUGGCCGAAUUUCGGCCGGAUCAUCUCAAAACCCUUUUCAAAAGUCAAGACACUAGCAGUGCGCUCAUCUCCACUCUCUUCGCCGCCGACUUGAACACCUACCAAGCUUCGGUGGACUUGAUCAAAAACGUCAGUGGUCAUUCUGCUCGACGAGAUGCGAUCUCGUACUUGCUUGAGACAUUCUUUACCACAACAAUGUAUGGGCUCAGUUGGUCGUUCCGUCGUAUCUCCAACAUGAAGACAUUUGCCCCUGCCCCGCGAAUGCUGCAUACAGGUACCGAUGUCGUAGAGAUAUUGUGUAACAGUCAAACAGGCAUGCUUCGAACACGUACUUUCACGGAUCGUCGAGAGGUCUUGUCGCUGCAGAAGCUCUGGGAGUUCUUAUGGCAAGCGUUGACCACCAUCUUCGACGAGACUGAAGCGUGGCACAUUCGGGGCAAUGACAAGUCGGUAAUGCUGGAGUUUUGUCGAGAUACAAUCCAGUUUGCCGACUUUCUUUUCGAUCAGUAUGGAGUUUUUUUGGGUGCCGUAGGCGCCGCCGGGGAUGAUGCUGGCAAGACAACAUCAGAAAACUUCCUCAAGUCCCCUACAACUACUAUGAGUGCUAUGGUCAAGUGGUUGCGUCUCAAGGACGACUACUUAGCCACCACGCUGGUCGGGCUAGUAGCAAAGUUGCUCCGACGCCUGGGAGGGUUGAAUGUGACGACAGUAAAGCAAGACGCACUGAGCUUUAUUGAAGGUGUUGCUGUGGAUGGAACCAUCAAAACCAUCCUCAGCCCGCGUGACAAGGCGGAACUUGUUCGUUCGCUUGAAGCAUAUUACAAGAAGCCUGUCGUUACUGCAUCCACCGCUUCACUCAAAAAGCAAUCUUCCAUCACUUCCUUCGCCAGACCCUCCGAUGUCUCAAGUCCUUCUUCUCGUGCUCCCUCUGAAGACGAAUUCGACGACGAUAUCGCCGACAAAACACUCCUCGACCUUUCUAGCUCCGUCGAACUCAAUAAGGAGCGCAUCGCGGCGAAACAAAAGCAUGAUCAGACUAAGUUGCCGCUCGGGGCUCUUAGUCGGCGCCCACCUAUUUCCAAGUCCAUGGUCUCCCGGCCAAAGGAUGAUGCUAGUACCGUCAUGUCUUUCCGUGAGAAACGCGAGCGUGAGAAAGCGGCCAAGAAAAAGCGAGAUAUGGAGCAACUGGCCAGGUUGAAGAAGAACCUGCCUUCGCGGGGAGUCGCAGAGCACACGGCCGAACAAGGUUCUGGCAUCAAAGGUAUCGGAAUCAAGGGCAAAGAUCAUGCGAUUCCUGCGGAUAGUAUGAUGGUUUCCUCCGGGUCUGAUACGGAUUCUGAGAGUGAAGAUGAACUCGAUAAAGAGUUGUUCGGCGCAAAGCCCAAGAAGUCUGACGCCGUCCUCGCUUACGAGCAGAGCAAGAAGCAGUCGUUGCAGCAGCAGCCCAUUAAGAAGGUCAAGCGUGCCCGUUCGAUGAAAGAUAUGCGCGCACGUCUGUCCCCGGAUCUCUCGUCCCUACACCACUCCAUCCUGUCCUGGGAUUUCUUCUCAACAGGCGACCUUCCGCCGACGCUGGACCGCGAUGACUAUACCCUGAUUUCCAACACUUUCCGCUCUUCCUCUGACUAUCAGAGCACUUUCGAACCCUUGCUGGUUCUUGAAGCCUGGCAAGGCUUCCAGCAGGCAAAGGAAGAAGGUGGCUUCCGGCCCUUCGAAGUCAAAGUCAUGUCCCGAUUGACUGUCGACUCCUGGAUCGAAUUUAGCACCCAGCCUCUAGGUUUGCCUUCAAAGGACUUCUUCAUCGGCGAAGGCGAUCUUGUCUUGUUCUCCAGCUCCUCCAAUCCUACUGCGGAUCCCAGCGUGGGCCACUUGCUUGCACGCGUCUGCGGCGUCAAUCGGAAGGGCGGUAAGCUAGAGGUCACGUACCGCAUGAAUCCUGGAUCUAGCAAGUUCUUGUCGUCAUUUGGAACUGGCUCUACGGCCUGGGGGGUUAAGGUCACCUCAUUGACCUCGGUUGAGCGAGAAUAUGGCGCUCUCAUGGCUCUGCAGUACUACGAUCUGUGUGAGGAAGUUGUCUUGGCAAAGCCUUCGCCUAUUCUUAACUACUCCGACGCGAAGCUGCAACCCAUCAUGGACAACUACAGCAUUAAUCUCGCUCAAGCCAAAGCGAUCAAAUCUGCCCUGGACAACGACGCUCUCUUGACUAGCGUCCUUGGCAACACCGCGAUUUCCAUCAAGAGUGGCAAUCAGGCUUCCAAUCGAGCCACAUCCCGGAAAAUUUUGGUGUGUGCACCCAGUAACGCCGCCGUCGAUGAGAUAGUCAUGCGGUUGAAGGAUGGCGUGAAAACAAGUCAAGGUCGUCAGGAGAAGCUCUCCGUUGUCCGUAUAGGUAGAAGCGAUGCCAUUAACUCGAAGGUGCUGGAUGUCACACUCGACGAGAUGGUCAAUGCUCGUCUCACCCAGAAUCCCGCCUCUGGCAGCAACGUCGAUAUGCAAAAGCUGUACGAAGAGCACAAAUCUACCGACAUGCGAUUCAAAGAGGCUCGUUCGUCACUGGACGAGUGCAGAGCCAAGGGACUGCCCGCUCCCGAGGAGCUCGAGCGCGAAUUUGAGCUCCUGAAGAAGAAGCGAUCUCAAUUGAGUACGGACAUCGACAAGGCUCGCGACCAGGUUCACACCUUGGCUCGUAAUGCCGACAUGCACAAGCGUCGCAUCCAGCAAACAAUCAUCGACGAAGCGCACGUCAUUUGCACCACCCUUAGCGGAUCCGGUCAUGAGAUGUUCCAGUCUAUGAAUGUCGAGUUUGAAACCGUUGUCAUUGAUGAAGCAGCUCAGUGUAUUGAACUGAGCGCUUUGAUUCCGCUCAAAUACGGCUGCUCGAAGUGUAUUCUUGUCGGUGACCCGAAGCAGUUGCCCCCAACUGUCUUUUCAAAAGUUGCAUCCAAGUUCCAAUAUGAGCAGAGUUUGUUCGUUCGCAUGCAGAAGAAUCACCCGAAGGACGUGCACUUGCUGGAUGUCCAGUACCGUAUGCACCCGGAAAUUAGUCGCUUCCCCAGUCUUACGUUCUACGAUGGCAAACUUCAGGACGGUGCUGACAUGGCCAAGCUUCGAGCCCGUCCGUGGCAUCAGAGUGAGCUGUUGAGUCCUUACCGAUUCUUUGACGUCCAAGGCAUGCACCAUAGUGCGACCAAGGGCCACUCCUUGAUCAACUACGCGGAGCUGCAAGCUGCGAUGCAGCUGUACGAGCGACUCAUCACGGACAUUAAGGAGUACGAUUUUACAGGGAAGAUAGGUAUCAUCACACCUUACAAGGGUCAGCUACGAGAGCUGAAGCUCCAAUUCGCGGCCAGGUACGGCGAGGACAUUUUGAAAAAGAUUGAUUUCAACACGACCGAUGCCUUUCAGGGUAGGGAAAGCGAGAUCAUUAUAUUCUCUUGUGUUCGUGCAUCGAAUAAGGGUAUUGGGUUCUUGGCUGAUAUCCGUCGUAUGAACGUUGGUCUUACUCGUGCCAAAUCCUCGCUGUGGGUUCUGGGUAACUCCCAGUCUCUGAUGCAAGGUGAAUUUUGGCAAGGUCUCAUUCAAGAUGCCAAGAAACGCAAUGUGUACACCGAAGGCAACAUUGCCAGGAUGCUGGAGAGGCCGCAAUUUACAGGCUACAAGGAGGUCGAGAUGGUGGAUGCCAGUGCCCCCGGGACACCGGGAGGUACCCCAUCCAUGCAGUCAAUUUCUCGUCCUUCAUCAGAACCAAUUGAUCUCGACUCUCCUUCGAUUUCGAUGUCGGCCUCGGCGCGCGGCACACCUCCUCAACCCCUGCCCGAAGGGCCUUCUGGCGGACCCAAGGGUCUGGAUGAAACGAAAAUGUGUGCAAUCUGCGGUAGCGGCGAGCACUUCACACACAAUUGCGAUAACGCAGAAGCCAAAGAGGCUGUUCGGGGACAAUGCUACCGGUGUCAAGAGCCCGGUCACUCCAAGUACUUCUGCGACGCAGAACGCUGCCUGGAGUGUGGUGCGAUCGGUCAUUCUUCUCUCAAGUGCCCUAAUCCAGACAAACUUUCAAAACGUCAAAAGCAGCAUCUCCAGAGCGAAGAGCGCCGCUUGCAAGCACAACGCAAAGAAAACCAUGAGCGCCAGCGGCAGCGACAGAUGGGUGGGCAUGAUCGAAAAGUGCCCGUGGUGCAGGCAACAACUCAUACGCCAUUAUCAAAGAAUGAGAACGUGAGCAGUAAGCGCAAGCGAACAGACUCGGCAUCCGAUGCGCCAAAGGGCUCGCGUCCGCGUCUCAAUAAUCCAAAUCCGCCGCCGAAUGCACCGACUGCUCCAAGAAAUGCACCGAAAGGCCCAGCAGGUUCGCGACCGCCCGCUCCCCCAAGUGGCCUUAUCAAACCUUCGCGCGAUGGCCCUGCUUUUGCUCUUCAUGGCAAUCAACCCAUGCCGGGAGUUCCGCCGUCGGCGCCCCGAGCCGCGCAGGUCAACUUCCCACGCGACCCAGCAGAGGCGCCCCCUCCUCCGAUGCGGAAAAAGAAGGAAGUGGACCCCUUCAUUCGACCCAAAUCGCGUAAAAAGUAG